AGUAUCUCCUCUUGUAGAGCCAGAUUAGGCAAAUCCCAACUCUCUUUUUCACUUAAACACCCUAAAAAUUAGGUCUUGGAUUAAGCUUUUGUAACAAGAGAACAUGGAUCUAAUAAGCGAUCUACCAGAAGAGAUUCUUUGUCAUAUAUUAUCCUUCCUUACCACAAAAGAGGUUGCUUUGACAUCAGUUCUGUCCAAGAGAUGGCGCGGUUUGAUUGCGUUAGUCCCUAAUCUUGACAUUGUUCACUAUGAUUUUCGAAAGAGCUUCAUGGAUUUUGUGGAUAGAGUAUUGGCAUUGCAGGGUAAUUCUCCCAUUAAGAGAUUCUACCUCGGUCUCGGUGGCACUGGCUGUAUUGAUUUAGACCGUGUGGAUUCUUGGAUACAGAACGUUAUGUUGCGUGGUGUUUCGGAGAUUGUUCUAUCAAUCUUUGAUGAUACAGAAUCAGUAGCUAACUUCAGACGUAUGUUACCAAAAGUUUUCCAGAACAAGAAACUAGUUAAGCUAGAAUUAAGUUAUGGAUUUGAUAUUAGUUUGAUGUGCGGCAGCAGUUUCUUACCGACGCUAAAAACUCUCGUUCUGAGAUCAGUUUCGGUUACUGUUGAUAAGUUUGAGAUUCUUCUCCAUGAUUUGCCUGCGCUCGAGGAAUUAGUCCUAAGUUGUAUAAACUGGAUAUAUUGGGGUGUUACUGUCACUGUGUCAAAUGCAAGCCUCAAGACCUUAACAAUAGAUACAUGCGGUUAUUGUGUAGCUGCUUUGUCAUUUGAUACACCUAGUCUUGUGUACUUCUGUUACUCCGAUCUUGUCGCAAAAAACUAUUCCGUAGCUAAAAUGGAAAACUUGUUUGAGGCUCGAAUCAGCCUUUGCGUAAAUUUAGAAGAUAUUGCGCGAGCAAGAUCGCCACACAACAUUUUGUUAGAAGAUGAUGAGGACAAUAAUAAUGAUAUUAUCCGAUUUUCGAAUGUUUGGAACCUUAUGAAUGGCAUCCGAAAUGUUCCGUGUCUAGUUCUAUCUCCUAAUACUCUUGAGGUGCUUUCUAUAUGCUGUGAAUCAUUGCCAAUGUUCAUAAACCUCAACUCAUUAACUAUUAAAAGCGACGUUAGUCGAGGAUGGCAAGCAAUGCCUGCUCUUCUAAGAAAAUGUCCGCAUUUAGAAACUCUAGUCCUUGAGGGUCUCUUGCACCAUGUCACUGAUAAAUGCGGGGAUGCUUGUGAUUGCGUUUCUCGGGAGGAAAAGGGUCGUUCACUCACAUCUUGUCUCGUAAAAGUGUUAGAGAUUAAAGGGUUUAAAGGAAGAACCAAAGAGAUGAACCUGAUAAAACAUUUCUUGAACUAUUUUCCAUGUUUGAAGGAGAUGAAGAUCUAUGCAGAAUUCAAAGUCACUGAAGUUUCUGAAUUUAUGCGGGAGAUUAUGAUGGAACAGUAUAAUAAUUCAUCAAGUUGCAAUGUCCAGCUCCUAGAGAGUGAUAACUUGUAUGAGAAGUGGACUGCAUAAUGAUCUUCUUCACUUCUCUUUUAAGAAACAUCUUUUAUCCUAUAUGCUAUAGAUUUAUGGGUGUGGCUCAUGACUGGUGUCCAAGGUUUAAUGUUGUCCCUUUGCAUAGUGCGUAAUCUAAUGUCCUAGCGCAAAAUCAACGGAUACAAUAACAGAACAGCGUCUUCUUUCG